AGUCCCGGCAUAACCAGUGCGCUUCGUGCCACACGAGGGCUUAACCUUGUCUUCCGAGCCUCCAAGUGCAACAUUUGCUAUCGUGUGUCGCGUCCGCGAACACGUCGCUUGCCAUCGCGCACCGUCUUCCCCGACGUCACCGGCGUGAAAAAAGAGAACGCAGGCGCGUUCCUCCGUGGCGCAUUUCGGCGCUCGACGAAACGAGAGUGCCGUGGUGCCGGGCGAGAGGAGUAACAGCGGACCGCGUGCGCGCGCGCGACAGAACAGUCAGUGUUAUCGCGCCAACUGACGUCCAUCGUCUUCCUCGUCGUCGACGUCGAGUGCGAUCGCGUGAAUCGCGUUUCCCUUUUUUACGUUCCUCGCCCUCACUCCGCGUGCCCACCGCGUGCGAUGAACGGCAACGAAAACAGGGGACGAAAUGGCCACGUGCUCGUGUGGGACCAGCCUGGGCUCGAAGAGGACGAGCGAGAAAGAAGAAGAAAAAGAGUUCGAUUUGGGAAACGUCACAUGGUGACUUUUAUGAUAUUCCUUGGCAUGGCAAACGCCUACAUAAUGAGAACCAAUAUGUCUGUGGCUAUCGUCGCGAUGGUCAACCAUACAGCUAUUAAGAGCAACGAUGAAGUAAUAGAAGUCGUGAAUGAGUGCGGACAGCUUGUUAGUAAUGAAACCAAUGCUGCCGAGCGCAGCGCCGACGGACCGUUUGUGUGGGACAACAAGGAACAAGGCUAUCUCUUAAGUUCAUUCUUCUGGGGUUACGUUAUAACGCAGAUACCAUUCGGUAUACUUGCCAAGCGUUACGGCGCUAAAUACUUCCUUGGGAUCGGCAUGCUAAUCAAUUCGAUUUUUGGACUGCUAGUCCCAAUAUCUGCAUACUGGGGCUAUUGGCCGUUGAUAAUUAUUCGCUUCAUUCAAGGUUUAGGAGAGGGUCCUAUUGUGCCUUGCACGCAUGCACUGCUGGCGAAGUGGAUACCACCUAAUGAACGGAGCAGGAUGGGUGCCUUUGUCUAUGCCGGUGCACAAUUCGGCACUGUAGUAUCCAUGCCAUUGAGUGGUCUAUUGGCCGCUUGGGACUUCGGUGGUUGGCCUUCUAUUUUCUACGUGUUUGGUAUUAUCGGUACCAUUUGGUGCAUAGCGUUUCUCAUAUGGGUCUAUGAGGAUCCAGAACAACAUCCAAGCAUUACAGAAGACGAAAAAAAACUCAUACUCAGCUCUCUCUGGGGUAGCGCCGGCAUAACCUCGUCGCCUCCUGUACCAUGGCGAGCCAUUGCAACCUCGCUACCAUUUUGGGCUAUCUUGAUGGCGCACAUGGGUCAGAAUUAUGGAUAUGAAACAUUAAUGACUCAGCUCCCAACAUUUAUGAAACAAAUUCUCCACUUCAGUAUCAAAAAAAAUGGCAUCUAUUCAGCACUUCCGUACUUAGCCAUGUGGAUCUUUUCUAUGCUUAUUUCUCAUGUCGCCGAUUGGAUGAUUUCUUCGGAAAGAUUUACUCAUACUUUGACUCGUAAGAUUGUUAACAGCAUUGGUCAGUAUGGACCGGCUUUGGCAUUGAUUGCUGCUUCGUAUACCGGUUGCAAUGCCUGGUUGACGGUAACCAUCAUUACAAUAGGAGUUGGUCUAAAUGGUGGUAUUUAUUCCGGUUUUAAAGUAAAUCAUCUUGACAUAUCUCCAAGAUUUGCCGGAAUUUUAAUGUCUUUCACAAAUUGCAUCGCCAAUCUUGCUGGACUUCUUGCACCAAUUACCGUUGGAGAAGUUAUUGCUACAUCGCCCUCGCAAGCAAAAUGGAGGAUUGUGUUUAUGAUCUGCGCUGGGAUUUAUAUUUUUUGUGCGACGUUUUAUGUAAUUUUUGGUUCUGGUCGAAGACAAGCGUGGGACAAUCCAGAUAAAGAUGACGAUAAGAAUGAGAAAAAUCAACUCAACAAUGUAAGAAUCGUGAACGAAACUCAACAUUGACAAUUGAAUAUUUUUAUCUAUAAGAUCAGUGAUGAUGCGAAGAAAUCGACACUGACGACGUGACGAUUGUGUCCACUUGGCCAUUUCAUUUAUGCAUAUUCAUUCCCUCUCUAUAUUAUUUAGCCAUUUGAAACAAAGGAAUACAUUAAAACAUUUAAGUUAAUCUCAUAUUUUUCUUUUUUUUACUGUGAAGAUAUAAAAUUUUUCAUUAUAAUUGUCACAAUUCGCAUUAUAGAUACGUUUUCAUACUUUUGUAUUGAAUUGCAAAAGUUGUACUUCAAUUGCUUCAAUGUUAUAUCGUACGUUUCGUGUGAAAGACAAUUUGUAUGCCUGUAAGAAAGAGAGAGAGAGUGAAAAAGAGAAAGAGGGAGGGAGAGAAAGCUAUAUGUAGAUUAUACUCAUAACCAAGCUAUUGUUAUAAGCUUCGGUUCGCGUUUGUUGUAUUUUAUAAUAUUUAUCAAUUUUUACAUAAUAAUUUCGUGUAUUAUGUAGAAUUAGAAAGUCGCACUUUAAGAACUCGCAUGUUGGAGAAACGAUGGAAGAGAUUCUCAAAAAGAAUAAAAAAGUAUAGAAAACUAUUAAAUACUUGCGGAUAAGCAAAUUUCCAUAAACUUGCCGAAAAUAUCAUGACAGCAAUCAAAGCAAACAUGGUUUUAACGAGAUUACAAAAACCAUUUAUAAAAUUAUUUCUUAAUUAUACAUCAAAACUUUAUACAAUUAAAGCGAUGCUAGAGUCGUCGUUUGUAUUACCGAAGAAAAUACUAUUUUUGUAAACAAGUAUAUUUUGUAUUGGUUUUACAGAAAUACAAUUCCUUUUACAGAAUUUAAAAUAUAUACGCUAAUAAUAGUGUAUGGUUCUGAUCCAUUUUUUGAUUAAAAACUAGGUAAAAUAAAAAAAUUGCAGAUUUUCUUAUCGAUUUUUACUUUAAUAUGGUAACUAAAACCGUCAGUUCACCGAAACACUUCAUGGAAACGUUAUGCAGGUUAUACAUAUGUAUGAAAUAAAAGCAGAGCUAGAUAUAAAAUAAAUGUAUGAAUAAUAUUGCAUCGUUAGAAUUAAGCCGGGAAGCCUAAUUUAAAUGAAUAGAAUGUUUGACAAAUUAUGUAUAUAUGUAUGUGAGAUUUCGAGUAUGUAGUAGUAUGUAGGGAUCUUGAUGUUUCGUAAAACGUACGUAUGUAUUGUAAAUUAUACAUGUGUAAAUCAAAUUUGUUGAUAAAACUGACGACUCCAGCAUCGUCUUAAGAUGCUUGAAUAAAAUUAUAUUACUAUUCGAAUUUAUACGACUGAGAAACAGAUUAACAUUUUUAGGCACGUCAAACUCAUUUGUGAUAUGCGAUGUUGUUAUUCGCGUAAUAUUAACUUUAAUAAUAAUAUGUUGCGUAUUCCAAUACAUAUAAAUUUUAAUUUGCAUAGUGGGCUCCAUUCAAGCAUCCUUGCAGUAAAAAAAAAACUUAUUUAUCUUAGUCUUCCAUUUUAUUAACAACAUAUUUAGUUUCUGCUAUUUUUGUAAAAUGGAAUACAAACGUUAAAAUUUAUAAAUUUUAUUAGGUUUAUCAUGAUCACAUGCUAGAAAAGGAUGUAUCUCCUAAGGCUUAUCUUCAAGACAAAUUUCCUGUUUGUAAUCUGACAAACUUGUGGCAGCAGUAUUAGAGCAAAGAUCCUCAUCGUUCAUUUUUCUUUAGUACAUCACUUUUUAUUGCAACUAUUGCCAUUUUGUAUUGCACAUGUGUGUAGUCUGGACCAAAGACAUGAUAGUAACGACAAAUCUCAGUUUUGUCGUGGGUGUCGUUAAGGUGAAGCCAAGGAUCUUCACUUACAAUCCAGGCGUCGUGAACAGUGAUGUAUAUACAACAAUGGUGUUUAUACAUAUUGUAGAUAUUCGCGCGUAUAGAAAGUUAUUACCCUAUUAAGUUAUAGAUAUUAGACGAGUUAUUUCUCGUAAUUAUUUAUAUAGCAUUAUAUCAUGAAGAACAGAUCAUUACCUCCUACUAAAAUAGAAAUUGUCAAAUGUCACUGAAUGAUUUCGCUUUUGUGUAGUGGAAUGCAUUUUUUCAUAAUUGAUAAGUCUUUUUUUAAGUUUUGUCUUAAGCUGUACAAACCGAACAAUAAUUGUAAUUUCUUUCUUCAUACAGUCUCUAGUAUCGAGGCCAUUUAUUUGAUAAUCGACAUUAUUGUUGAUAAUUAUCUGAAAUACGUAAACGCACAAAACACUCGUGAGCAUAAGUCUGAAACAAUUGAAUUGUCUGAAAACUAACUAAGGAAAUUAAUUAAAGGAAUUAUUAAAUAACAAUAUAAUGAAAACAUUUGUUGGCUUAUUCUUCUUGCGAUUUUAUACAAAAACUUUAAAAAUAAGAUUAGAUAGCACUGUACAUUAGUAGAAAGGAUAAAAAUCGAUGUGCGUAUCCUGUGAUCGUGUAUCUAAAAGUGCCUUUGAUAGUAGGGUUUUUUUCUUUUAAUAAAAUAAUGUUCUAAAUAUUCGCGUUACUCUAACAAGAAAAAAUGUCAAAGUCUGCGAACAUUAUUUUAAACUUUCACGAGUUUGUAAAUAAAGUUGCACGAAUUUCAAUAAACUUAAAAACUGAGCUUUUAAUUGAAAAUGAAAAUUGCCACAGUUCUGAUGAAGCGAUUAAUAUAAUAAUCAUGAAUGUAAACAGGUUUAGAAACGAAUCCGACGGAAGAUAUAAUAAGGAAAUUUAUUCAAAACGCUAUAAUAAUUAAUUUAAUGCAAAAUUUCAUAAAUCCAUAUUUUUAUACAAAUAUUUAUACAUAAUGUACAUACGAUACACGAUGCAAUGUUACAACACAUUAAACAUAUUUUUAUUGUUGGGAUUGUAAAACAUAUGUGAUAAUAGAACUGCAAGUAAAUAAAAAAGGUAAAGUACAGCCAUUAUAAA